UGUUAUCAUGUUUAUGUUAUAUUCUUUCGUUAUCCUAUUUUAUAUUUAGGCUUAAAUAUCACAUUAGUCCCUGUAUGUUCCCGGUUUUUUGGUUUUAGUCCCUGUGUGUGUUUUUUUUUUAAAACAGUCCUGCAUGUCCAAUUCCUGAAUUCCUUUUGGUUUUCGUCCCUCCCCUCUCAAAAAUGCUGAUGUGGCUAACAUGACAUGUGGCAUGCUGACGUGGCAAAUGAAGGACCAAAACAAAAAAAGUUAUUAUUGAAGGUAUCGCAAACCGCCACACCUGCCUCCUCUACCGCACCUGCCUAUGGUGCUGAGUCUGCUUCUGCUGCUGCACCUCCCAAUUUUCAUCUCUGUCACGCUGAAAAGAUGGCAACUAAUAGUGGGAAGCAAAAAAUUCAAGUAAAAGAUCAUACAUCCAGGAAAGAGUCUACAUCACAUCAGAUGGGAGAUGCACUUGUAGCACAGGCUCAAUCACGGGAUAAGAUUGUGGAGUUUAGUUCUUCACAUGUAACACGAGAUUGUUCUCUUACUAGAUGUGUGGUUGCUCUUGAAGAGAUAAGAGACAUUUCAGAUGACAUCUUUGGAAAAGCCUUGGAAAAGUUUAAGGAUCCUGAUCGGAGGGAAAUGUUUAUCGCCAUGUCAAAUGAUAGGAGACGUGGGUGGCUAUUUAGACUUUAAGGAUAAAACUUUACUUGCAUAUGUACAAAUCUCAUACUCUGCUAACUACUGUAUGUGUGCUUGUCUUAUUGAAUCAUUUAGUUGCUACUGAACUUGUUUAUUGGAUGGCUUGGAUUUUUUAUGUAGAUUUGAUUUCUGAUCCUGAUAGUUCAAGGUUUUUGUGAUACAUCUUGUACUAAAGAGUACAUUUUGUUUAUAAGGGUGAAGAAAAGAAGUAAAAUUACACUUCU